CGUUCACGGCGCCUCCUACAUGACAGUGCUCUAACGCGGCACACAAACAUGGCAGCUGGAGUCAGGGUGCGGACGUGGAGCUGUCCGGGCACAGGAGUUUUUCGUUCCUGGUUGGUUUAUUCUUUAAUUUUUGCAAGUCGUCUAGAUGAAGCCGUGGCAGCGCCAGAGACGGGAAUUUGGACACGAACAGUCGUUAAUACCUCAAGGCCGCUGCACUUGAGAAAAUCCAUGUUUAAAGGCACGGAUAUUGAAUUGAAAGUUGUGUCUUUCGCUUGUCCUGAGGAAGUGAGCGUCACCAUCCACUGGCUCCUAAAAUAUUACCCCUGCCACAAUGAAUUCAACAAUCUAGAAGAAAUGUACGACAAGACGCCUCUGAGCCACGGGGAGAGCCUGGACCCGAAUCCCCUCGGGCAGGGAGAGUACAUCGAACACAGAUACAGCCCUAUGAAGUGCAAGAAUGGACCGAGCUCAUUCCAAAUGCUUAAAAAAGCCAAGGCAAACCCUCGUCUUGUCAGUCCACCUGACCCGCAUUGGAUGCAGGAUGAAAACUACACUAAAUGGCUCACAGAAGAGUACGACAGCAGCUCCUCGAAGGACGGAGCAAUGAAGAUUAGAGAUGGGGUCAUAGCCACCACAUGGAGGGAUGGACCUUACCUGCUGGUUGUUAAGGUUUUAUCCACCAAAGAGGCCAACUGGAAUUUAAAAUUUAACGUGGUGAUGAAAGGCAGCCAUGGCUUUAUUUCUGUCACUGAAUGGCCACUAAUGAUUUUCUACAUGGUCAUGUGUGUCGUGUACAUCCUCUACGCCCUGCUGUGGUUCAUUUGGGCGGCCUGUUACUGGAAGGAUCUGCUGAGGAUCCAGUUCUGGAUAGCAGGGGUCAUCUUCCUGGGGAUGGUGGAGAUGGCGGUCUUCUGCGCCGAAUAUGAAAACACCAACGUUGUUGGCUCGGCCUCUCCGGGUUUGUUGAUCUUUGCCGAGCUGGUCUCAGCCCUGAAGAGGACUCUGGCUCGCUUGCUGGUCAUAAUUGUCAGUCUGGGCUAUGGGAUUAUAAAGCCUCGACUGGGGACCGUGAUGCACAGAGUUGUGGGGCUUGGAGUCCUUUACUUUGGAUUUGCCUGUGUUGAAGGUGUCCUGAGGAUUACUGGGGGUCGGGACAACGGCCCCGCUCUCAUGACAGCGAUUGUUCUGGCCGUGUUUGAGUCGUGCGCCUUGUGGUUCAUCUUUGUCAGUCUGGCACAAACCAUCAAGACUCUGAAGUUGAGGAGAAACCCUGUGAAACUGUCUCUCUACAGGCACUUCACUAAUACUUUAAUAUUUGCUGUUCUUGCUUCGAUCAUUUUCAUGGGUUGGGAUGCUAAAAGGUUUCAGUUGGCCAGCUGUCAGUCCGACUGGACUGAGCUGUGGGUGGAGGAUGCCUUCUGGAGAUUUUUGUUCUCCGUCAUCCUGCUCGUCAUCAUGUUCCUAUGGCGACCGUCUGCAAACAACCAAAGGUACGCUUUCACGCCUCUCAUGGAUGACUCUGAUGACGAGGAGAUUGAAGAAUUCGUCGCUUCUGCAAAUCUUGCUGAUGGAAUAAAGUUGAGAGCAGCUAAAAACGAGAUAAACGGUUCAGCUAAAUCAGCGGACACAAACCAGGAUGAAGACCUGAAAUGGGUGGAGGAUAACAUUCCUAGUUCCCUCAGUGAUGUAGCUCUGCCCGUCCUGCUCGACUCCGAUGAGGAAAUCAUGACGACCAAGUACGAGAUGUCGAAGCUGGAAUGAAGUGAAACCGUUUCCAAACAACUGCUGAAGUGGAAGGAAGAACACGGCGCCUUCCCGUAAAACAGGAGAAAGGGCUUCCUCCCGAGACGUCCAGACAGGUGGAGGGGAAGGUCACCUUUGGGGUGUCCUCCUGCGCUGGGGAUGCUGCGCAGGCCGGUUCAGGCAGCACUUUGUGAGGGGACCUGCACACCAUUUCAGUCAUUUUUCCAAAGAAUUUAUUCGUUCAUGUCAAAGCGGGUCUUCAUUUCUCUUUUUACGUGUCUUUUGAGGGAAGGCAAGUUUAGGUGCACAGAUGUUCCUCUGUCAAACGUUCCUCCUUAUUGUUGGAUUGCGAUUAGGAAGCAAUACAUUUUAGUCCUUUCUUUAAUACUGAAAAAUAAAAAGUCAGUUUACUGUAAACAAAAAAAAAAAAGUGAAAGAGUCCAACUUACUUUGGGGAUCUUUCUUUGAAGAUAUCCAGAAGUUCUGGCAGAAACGGCUGAUUUUGUUCUGAGCCUCUUGCAGUGUUGGAUGCUGGGAUAUUCCUGGUGGAUCCUUUGGGGCUUGUGGGUUUUUCGGGUGGAGUCUUUGAGUUGGACACGACAUCUGGGGAGUUUCAAAGCCGUCCUUCCCGGGCACGCUGCUCUCCUCUCCUCUGCUGUGGUUGCAGCUGCAGUCCAGUGUUUUUCAGUUGUUGGAGAUGAGAAGGUCCAGAUUUUUGCUUUUUUUCUUCUUUUUGGAACUCGACAUUGAAAGAAAUGAGCUCUCAUUAACCUGUCUGGGGUUUUAAUCGCUGUAUUAAAGAGGAAAAAGCUGUACUGCUUCUGAAUGGGACUUUCUGAAAGUCUCUUUCUCCCACCAUUACAAUCUGAGAUCACUGCAAACCCGAGCUCGUCUUCUCAUCUGCACUUUAAAGGCGUCUUAUGCGGCGUCCACAUCUUUCUCCGUUCAAGCAUGUUUUUGACAUCUCAAACUAAAACGACUUGACCUUUUUGAGCUUAUGAGUUGUAUUGCUUGUGUUUAAUUUUGGAUUUGCCUUCAUUUUUCUGACAGGACGGUACGAUUUUGGGCAGAAGCAGAUUCUGUUUUUCAAAAUAAAAGUAUGUGCUAAUCACUGUUAAGUAUUUUCUUUAUUUAUUUUUGUCUUAAGUGUACUUAAUUGAGUAAGUAAGUAAAUAAAUGGAUGUUAAUUCAUGUUUUUUUUUGGUAUGCUUGAGGUUUUUAUUGUUUUGAAUUCGUAUUUUGCACAUACAUUGCUAAAUGUCGGCUUUUCUUUUUCUGUGUGUUUACUAAAUAAAUGAUGGUAUUGGAUUCUCAGAAAGCUUUUAUUUAUUUAUUUUACUUUAAGUUUUAUUUUUGUGAGUUUGGAGUAAGUAAAUGUAAAAUUUAAACCCUCCUUUACAUUUUUUUUCACAUCCUGAAGCCCUUUAAGUGUUAAGAGUGUUUUUCUAAUGUGGUUUUCGUUGGAAACCUGCUUAUAUUUGUGCUUUUAAGGGCAGGCUGACACUGCAUGACCGGAUGGAUUUUGGCUGAUUUAGUUUUCUUUUUACUAAUUCCACAGGUGUUUGGAUAAAUUGUGAUAAAAGCUG